ACAGAUGAAUGGCGUCUAAGCUGCAUCAACAAGGAAUUCUCUGUCUGUCCCUCCUACCCUCCAGUUGUCAUUGUCCCCAAAUCCAUUGAUGAUGAAGCGCUUCGGAAAGUUGCCAUGUUUCGCCAUGGCAGUCGCUUCCCAGUCCUCAGCUAUUAUCAUAAGAAGAACGGGAUGGUCAUGAUGCGAAGUAGCCAGCCUCUUACAGGUACGAAUGGGAGACGGUGUAAAGAAGACGAGAGGCUUAUUAACGCAACGCUACGGCCUGGCAAGCGUGGCUACAUCAUUGAUACAAGGUCCUUGAAUGUUGCCCAGCAGGCCAGGGCCAAAGGAGGGGGCUUUGAACAAGAAGUGCACUAUCCCCAGUGGAGGAGGAUUCACAAAUGUAUUGAGAGGUUUAAUAUUCUACAGGAGAGCCUCAUCAAACUUGUGGAAGCUUGUAAUGACCAGUCACACAACAUGGACCGCUGGCUCAGUAAACUGGAAGCUUCCAACUGGCUGACUCACAUCAAGGAGAUCCUAACUGCAGCUUGUCUAGCUGCUCAGUGUAUUGAUAGGGAAGGUGCAUCAGUGUUAGUUCAUGGGACUGAAGGAACUGAUUCAACACUCCAGGUAACUUCUCUGGCACAGAUUAUCUUGGAUCCAAGGUGCAGGACCAUACGUGGCUUUGAAUCUCUUGUUGUGAGGGAGUGGCUGCAGGCUGGUCACCCUUUUCAGCAGCGCUGUGCCCAAUCAGCCUAUUCAAAUAGCAAGCAGAAAUGGGAGGCCCCAGUGUUUCUCCUCUUUUUGGACUGUGUGUGGCAAAUCCUUCGUCAGUUCCCUUGCUCUUUUGAAUUCAACGAACAGUUCCUCAUUAUGCUCUUUGAACAUGCUUACGCUUCACAGUUUGGGACUUUCCUGGGAAACAACGAAAAUGAAAGGGCUAAACUGAAGCUGCUGCAAAAGACUAUGUCCCUGUGGUCCUGGGUGAACAGGUCUGAAGAGCUGAGCAAAUUCCAGAAUCCUCUUUUUGAGGCCAACAGCCUUGUCAUCUGGCCUUCUGUUGCCCCACAGAGCCUGCAGCUCUGGGAAGGUGUCUUUCUUCGGUGGAACAGGCCUUCCAAGUUCCUAGAUGAAGCCCAUGAAGAAAUGAUCAACAUUAUAAAAUACAACAAGGAACUUCAGGCAAAGGUUAAUGCAUUGAGGAGGCAGCUAGCAGAGAUGGAAACAGAUGAUAGAAUGCAGGAGAACCUGUGAGCUGGCAGGGUUUUGCUUCAGGUCCUUCCUUUGCAGUCCCCUUUACAUUAAAGACUAAACAUGGAAAUUGCAUGUAUUGCAGAGCCCUCUGGGUACAGCUGACCCUCAGUCCUCCCACUGCCGAAACCUUCACUUCACACUAUGUACCUCCCUGCUUUUUGGGAGGGAUUUUUUUGUUUGUUUGUUUACAGAAGACAUACACAUCUGGGCA